CCAACCGAAAAGUUGCGUUCGACCGUCGAACGGAUAGAAAUUAGAAUCGAAAAAAUUUUCCAACCUCGCGAGUACAUAUAGAUCUUUAUCAUAUGUAUACUAGAUCAUUACUUUAGUUACUUUUUGUUACUUUUCGUUAUUAGUGAAGUGAAAGCUAAAGGGUAACUAAUUGUACCUAAAAUCGAGACAUUGGUUUCUCGAACAUCCUUGGUUCAAAAAGUACAAGUCAAUAAAUAAUUGCGAAAUCCGAAAACUCGUGUGCUAUCGUCGCACACACAUAUACACCGAGAUAUUUUCCCUGCCCUAGUAUUGGUAUACCAUAUCAAUUGAAAGCGAUCGGUGGAUUGGUGGACCGUUGGAUCAUUGGGUUUUCUUUGUGCCGACAAAGAGUCUUUCUCUAGAAGAAAAGUCGCAUUAAAGCGAAUCGUAAAUUUAACGCUCGCCAGGCGAAGGCCCACAGACCAUCCCAUCGCGACUCGUCAUCGGUAUCUGCAUCGGUAAACAGAUCAUCACAACCGCAUACCACAGCCCGUUCGCCUUUGUUCUCUUGGGCAAAAUGGGAAAUGCCGAGUCCACUCAGUCUGCAGAUGAUACGCAGAUGCAGGUGCAGCAGGCCACCGAUGACGAGCCCUGGUGGAACAACAUCGAGCACGAGAAUCUGGUUCUGGAGCAGGCCCCUCAGGCCACAACUACAGCUGCAAAAAGAACCGAGGAGGAGGAACCCCCCAAAAAUAGAAAGACUCUAGUUGCCGUUGAAAUGGAGGGAAAAGCGAACGAUUCUCCGGAAAAAGAACAGAGCCUCGAGGAGUUCAGAGAAGAACUUCGUCAGAAGAGGGAAGCUCGCCAAAAUGCUGUGCAGGACAUGAGAGAUGAGAUUGCUAGUCUUAAAAAGCAACUGGCCAAGGAACAAGCAGAAAACCGACGUUUAAGAAAAGAAGAAGAUGCGGAGGAUCAAACUCAGAUUCAGGCUGCCAGCUUGGAUACUCCUAGUAGACCUGACUCGGAUCCAGAUGAUGAGAAUCCCAGUUCCAGGAGUCGCCAUGCCAAUAUCGAACUGGCCAGCGCCCAGUUGGCCUUGCAGCAGGCUCAGGCCGAGAAUCUGUCGUUGCGCGGGGAGGUGGAGGUGGUUCAACGCCAGGUGGGAACCCUCAAGGAAGUCAUCUCCUGCUGCAAGCAAAUGCUGAGUGUCAAGGAGGAGCAGUGUGCUCAGCUCAAGAUGAAACUCACGCAAAUCGAGAACUCCUUCAGCGAGCGGGAAAUGAAGAUUAUGUCCAAUAAUCUGCGCCAGGAGUACGAACGCCAACUGGUGAACAUCCGCCAGUUGAGGCAACUUUAUGAGGAGCGACAGAGGGUGGCAGCUGCCGAGUACGAGAAUCUGCAGCGUUUGAUCUCGAUCAAGAGGGAUGAACUCACGGCCGAGCAGGAGAAAACCAAAAACUUCGAGGAGCGCAACCAGAGCCUCUUGAAGGAGGUGGAGACGGCCAAUGAGGAGCUGGCCAAGCUUCGGGAGGAGUGCAGCGAGCACAAGUUCGAGAAGCGGCUGCUCAGUGAGCAAGUAGGAGCAGUCAACAUGCUCUUCAGCCAGCUGAUUAUGGGAUUUAAUGGCAAAAGCAACAUGGACAUCGAUCGCGUCAAUCGAAUGCUGGAGGAGAACCGCCAGCUGCUCAAUCAAAUGACCCAAGCAGAGGGCAACUGCAGCGAUGGUGCCACUCUGCCCAAGCUGCUCUUUGACCUUGUGGAGCAGGCCACUGCCCAUGGGGACUCCGCCGGGGAAUCAGACAAAAGUCGCAGCGCCACGCCCACUCCCACAAAUGAGGACACCACGGACUGUUGUCAACCGGAAGCCGGAGUAGGAGCAGGAGUCAUCAAAAAAUCCCGGAAAAGGAGUUCGGGUGCGGGUGUGGAUGUGGAUGCCACUGCGGCUUCGUUAAAAAGCCAUGAGCCCGAAAUUAUGGGAAAAGUUGCCUCGGCCCAAGAAAUCAUUGGCAACUUGCCAAAAGUUUGGAAAGUGUUGAUGGAGCUCUUGAGCCACCACAAAAUCGAGCGCGUGCAGUUCGAGGAGCUGCCAUCCUGCAGUGGGAGUGCGACCUCAAGUGGGGCCUCCUCGGCAUCCUCCUCCGCAGCCCGUGCUCCUGGCAAGGACGAGGACGAGUCCCACCGCAAGCCACCGGAGCUUAGCGUCAGCAAGACCUACAUCAAACUGAAGGACCUCAUCCUGGAGAAGAAGUCGCUGGUAAAGGAGACCAACCGCCUGAAAACCCUCAACAGCCACCUGGACUACCGCCUCAACCAGCAGGAGAAGAGGCUGAGUGGGGUGAGCCUGGAGCUAACCAAAACCUGGCACCUGGUGGGCAAGAUGCAGCGCCAGCACCGCCAACUCCACACCCAGGAGCAGAUCCUGCGCUACCAAUUGCAGCAGAAGAGGCGUCUCUUGAGCGAGCUCAAGGAUGAGCUGGAGUACUGCCGCAGGAAGUGGGCAUUGGCCAGGGCGAAGAACGACGAGAGCCAGGAGCAGUGUGACGAGUGGCGAAGGGAGUUUGCCAGAAGAAAGUUGGAGGACGCGAAUCACUCGGCGGAGAGUGGCUACAGCGAUUCUGGACCUCAGUCGGAUGAGGAGAGGGAUGUUUUAAGAGCGGAUCUGGGUAAUGUAGUGCCCGUGGAGGCCCCUACUUCGUCGGCAGUGUGUCGCAGGAAGCUCCUCAGGGAUCAAUUCGAGCACACACGCAAGAUUAAGCGGAUGCAGAGCACUUCGCCUGGUCGUCAGGGACUCGCAGGCGAGGAGGAUGAGUCCGAGGAAAUAGUCUUACGCUGGAACAGUGCUCCACCGACUUGUGGCUGGAGGGAAGAUGCUACGUAUUCCGGAGGAGAAGAAGGCGGGGAGGAGGAGGACGAGGAGAACCAGGAAAGUGGGGCGCAUGGAGGUCUUCCAAAAGCGCCACACAGCUCCAGGAGCAGGCAAAGAGUUCAAGCAGGCUCAAGUGGAUCCUCUGGCACAGCCAGUCGCAUCCAGAAGCUAGAGGAGCAGUGCAAAAACCUCAUCCAGCAAGUCCUGGAAACCUCCGGCAAUCGUGAGCGCCUCGAGAUUCAGUUGUGCCAGUUCCAGGAUGACAUUUCUCCCGCCCAGCACGCUGUGCCUCUGGAGGAAUUCAUUAAUAGGAAGCGUAUGGAGCGAAUGACCAGGGCCAGUUCGGCACCAGCCACCGGAAGUCUUACUCCCCGAGAGGAAGAGUACACCAGAAAAAGAUCUGAGCGACUGGGUCGUUUGGAGGAGGAGUCGCGCCAGCUGAUGUCCAGGAUUAAGCGCACUGCCGACCGCGGCCAAUAUCUCAAAAAAUCUCUAGACAGGAUUAGAAGAGCACCCAGUCGAGAGGCGAGCUUUGAAAGUAACACUGAGGACGAAUCAGCCCUUCCGGCAUCCAAAACCGAAACCCCUCCAGAUGCAUCUCCACUAACCGCUGAGGAAGAGGAAUAUACAUCCAGAAGGGCAGCGCGAAUUCAGCGAUUGGAGGAGGAGAGUCGGCAGUUAAUAUCGCAGCUAUCAAGGAACACAGAACGAGGCGAAAACUUGUCGACCAAGCUGGACACCUUACAUGAACAGCAUGGUCCGAAUCCUCAGCCGGAGCAGGUUGAAAGCUCCGCCAGCAUCUCGCAAACUGUGGAGCAACGAUUGGAGGACAUUGAGAGGGUUUCGGCAAAUAGAGCAGAACGUCUCCGAUUGCUGGAAGUCCAGGGAAAUGAACUGAUUGCCAGGCUAAGCUCCACAUCGGAAAGGGGAACCGCCAUGAUCAACAGGAUUGCGGAAAGGGAAGCUACUCGGCGACAGGAGGCAGAACUUGUGGAGCAAACGGUGCCGACGGAGGAGGCCACCACUUCCGUUAACUCCAUAGCCAGCACUAGGAUUGUCGGUGAGCCGGAGGAGGAAGUCGAGGGAGCAGGUUGUUGUGUAACCGUCACCACCACCUCCUGCCAGUUGGCACUAAAACUACAAUCCACAGGAGCCAUCCCCAAGAACACUACGAUGAGGGGCAGACCCCAAUCGCAGUUGUGUGCUGCCGCGCGGCAGGAUGAUGCAGUCAAGAAGAGAUCUUCUGGAAAGGAAGCUGUCGAGAAGGAGGCACCCGAAACGCUCGAGGACAUGGUGCAGAGACUAAGGGCACUGCCUUUCCCAGGGAAAACUCAGGAAAAUGAGUCUGUGGAAUCGGAAAAUAAAGGAGUACCGAACUCCUUGGAGACCCAUAAUCUCCAGGAUGUCAAGAACCAAGAAGAAAAGAUUAGGGAAGAAGAAAUUGAAGAUCAAGAGUCGGAAGAAUCUCCAGCGGAGCAACUGGAGGAGCGGAAACAAACGGAUGAGGAACACUGAAAGAUGUUCACUAGAAUUACCUACGACUAUUAGAACUCGCUGAUAAAACUGCUAGGACCAGUAAAUAAACACAUACAGCUGUUGUUCUUUGUAAUAAAUAAAUAUAUAUUUUUUGAUGUCUGUAUAAUUUAAAA